AUGUCAGAAAGGAAUGGUCAUGGAACAGCUGACACAAAUGGUGGCAGCCAAGGCAUUUCAGUGGUCCACGUGAGCAUUCCAAACUCAGCCAUUCAAGUGCAGCCUGGUUUUCAAACACAGUCAGCUGUUUUACAGAACCCUGGCAAUUAUCAGACAAUCCAGAUUGUCAGGGUUGCUACUGUUGAUGAAGAACUAUCAUCUGAUGACUCUGGGACAAAGAAAAGAAGGGAAAUCCUAGCAAGAAGACCUUCAUAUAGAAAAAUUUUGAAUGAUUUGUCGUCUCCUGUUCCAAAAAUGGAAGAUGAUUCAAACAGCAGUCAGAGCAACGACGGCCAUGAUUCCUAUGUUCAGGCAGGAACCUUACAUCUGACAGCACAUGGUGAUGCUUCACAUGCAGCACAGGGUCUGCAGACUUUAACUAUGACUAAUGCAAGUCCCACGUCUGGCAAUUCUGCUGGAGGUACCACUAUUGUACAGUAUGCUCAAGGACCAGAUGGCCAGUUCUAUAUUCCAGUUGCGGGAGCCAAUGUUCAAGCCUAUCAAAUUGCAGCGCCUGGUUCUUUGGCACAAGGAGUUGUCAUGGCGCCAGGAAGCCCCAUGUCCAGCCCACAGCAUGUGUCAGAAGAAGGCUCUAGAAAACGAGAGCUUCGCUUGCUGAAAAAUAGAGAGGCAGCUAGGGAGUGUCGACGAAAAAAGAAAGAGUAUGUGAAAUGCCUGGAAAACCGAGUAGCAGUCUUGGAAAACCAAAACAAGACCCUGAUUGAGGAACUGAAAGCAUUAAAGGAGCUGUAUUGUCAAAAAGAUGCAUGA